AUGGUGACCGUUACCGCCGAGUGUGCCUCUGCUUUUCUCUGCCCACAGAGAAAGAGCGGAGUGUGGGUUGAGGCACAGAAGGCAUUUGAGACACCGGGGAUCGCGCUUAGCUCGGCUCACCAACUCCAUCCACAUCAGUAUCAGCAGCAUGAAAGUUGUAGCGUACGACUAUCCUCGAGAGUAGAAAGGACACAGGCCGCUUCGUCUUUUCUUUCACAAAAUACCACGGCCGGUGGCCGGGGUGGGGCCGCUCCGGCUCAACAGCGGCGCAUAGCUUCUACUGCGCACCUGCAAUAUCCGGCCACGACUGCGAGCACAAGGAUCAGACGUCAUCGCACCCAGAAGAUAGCCUUUUUUGAUACGAGCUCACAAACAUAUCUUCUGCCACUAAGAACAAAACAAUCCAAGCGUGGUGGGUCAAGUCAAUGGUUGACAUCGACUGUGUCACGGGGACGUGAGGAGCACUGCAAUCUUCAUGCCGCAUCAAUGAGGCCACCGUCCGCGAAGUCUCUCCUUUGUGGAUCUACCUCCACCUGCUUUGCCGACGAGACCCCACAGCAUCCGCACGAAGAGACCGGCAUGGAGCGAUCGUUAGCUCAUGGCCGAGUGAGUAUCGAAAGCGAGGCGAGUAGUUAUCCGUCGAAGCAGCUCGACCCGUCCGCCCCCAGUGCUGGCUUUUUUUCAACACAGGCCGCCUUGAUGUCGGGGAACUUCAACGAGUCCAAAAGCUAUGGUCGGUCGGAACCUGUUCCGGACUAUUUUCGUGGGUCGCGGAAGUCGUCGGUGCUGCCGAGCGUGCUGCAGCAAGCAGCCUCGAGUCUAUCGCUGUCGUCGAAGCAGGCGGGAUCUUAUCGGGGAAAGCUCCGCGAAAGCAAGGGACCCGACGUGCUUGUGCGGGGCACGGAGGAUGGCACACGACCCGGUGGCGGUUUGAACUGGACCUACAAGGCAAAUGAGGCCUUGUUGAAUUUACUGCAAAACGCGCCUGAGAUCGCUGCGGAAAAAGUAAAAGUACUGCGCAAGCACUUCGCGAGCUGGGAAGAUAAGGUUUUGUUUUCGCGGAGCCCAAAGUGGAAAGACAAAAUCGACGUCGCGCGACUGCUAAGCGCACCCUUCACAGACCGACACGUGGACGAUCCACACAAGUUCGUGUUCAACAUGGUCAACGAACUCGGGCCCGACGUGGUGGCGAGGUCGACGGGUGCGCUGCGACUCUACAGGCAGCUGGGUUUGUACGCGGUCGGACAAGCUUAUGACCUGGCACAAGACAUAAAAAACUUUACGACGGGUCCGCUCGAGAUGGUGCGCGAUGUGGGGCAAGGAUUCCUGAAUGCCCUCAACAUCGGUGAGGACGUGAAAAAUUUGCAAGCGAUGGUACAGUCUGGGCUUCUUUCGCUAGCACGGGAUGCAGCCGCGUGGCGCAUCCAACCGCAAGCGCUAAUGGCGUGGCCCGCCUAUUUCUUUCUGCAGGCUUACCGUCUGUCGCAGACGCCGGACGUGCUCGCUCGUCAUUCUUACCAUUUUGGCGCGAAGAUCAUGAAGGAUUUUGCCUCACCAAGUAUUUUGGAAACUGACCUGUUUGACGUGCGCAAGUGGAACUGCCGACCAAGAAGGGGUUCUCGUCAGGAAGUUGCAUCUUCAUCUUCUGGGCAGACCGACGGCUCGGACUCACCUCCAGCGCUUCUACGUGCAGCAGACGCAGCAGCCGGCGCUGUCGGCGAGGCGCUGCAACGGCAACUGGGGCUGGACGAGGGCCAGCCCGUGGCGCCGCAGGACAUUCUACGCGUGCAUCCGAGCAUCACAUUCCGCGCGCCGCAGCAUCUCGUUCACGUUCGGCUGGAGGAGCUUCAAACUUCGGGCACAGCUUCGCCACCCCCGUGCGGGGUGUACUGGGACGCUGUCUACGACCUGAAGGGGGCUACGGAGCUGACGCACGAGGAGAUCCCUAUUGGCGGGGAGUGGCCGUUGUUUGCCCACGUUUGCCGUCGACCCUUGGAACCGCCACGCCGCUUCACGCAGUGGAUUGAAUUUCUCUCGCCGCGAGAGGUUGUGGACGAGUGGCGAAAUCCCAUGGCGCAACGCAUGAAACAUGUGCUUUGCGAUGGCAAGGUGUGCCGCGUCGACAGUGCUGUGCACCCGGUUCGCCCAGCACCUCCUGGCGUGUGCAGCGCCGACGGCCGACUUCUUCAGGUCGCGGCCGCGGGCGAAGAAUCUUCGAAAAUGAUGGACGGCAAGGAGGAGAAGAUGGAUUACGUAGGAAAAAGGGGUGAUUGCAACAUGUGUAAUCGUGAAAACUUGCCGAAUAUGAUGCGAUGCUACAGCGAAAGCGAGCGCUUUUCUUGUCGGCCUGGGCAGACGUGGUUCCGGAACUACAUAGACGACACAGGAGGAGAUGACGAGGAUCACGGAAAGCAGCAUGCUGAUCCGAUUAAGCAGCAUGAGUACACCACGCCGCCAAUUGCGAGUCUGGAGGACCUCGCAAAACGCCGUCACACGCUCGAGGUGAAGCGCUACCUUGCCGGAGAGUGUCGUGUCCGAGGGUUACAGCGUCAACAGGAAGUAGGGUACGUUGGCUGGUGCAACGCGAAUGCGGAUGGAACACCGGGUGUGGCACGCACUUUCGUGCUACGGGUCGACAACGGGGACCCCAAAAAUCUCAUUGCGUCAGCGCAAGUCACCUACUACGAUAAAGAAAGUCUUCGCAAUUCCUAUGAUUUUCUUUCCGUCGGAGGACUCGCUCAUGCGUCCGACGAACGUCAGACGCACGAGGUCGUCCAACAGUGAGGACCAUCAACGAAGGUCAGCGCGCUUUUUUGAUGAUGAUGAUGCUGACGGAGACAAUGCGCAGGCAUACAAACACAUGUAAAGGACUUUACUUUGGCGUUCGUGGAGAAUCGCCAUGAGAAAGAAACGAAACCCAUCUCUUAC